AAAAGAUUUUUCAACCUGAAGGCCUUGUAGAAAUUUGCCUGAUGCAUCCCCUUGAUGUAGUAAAAACAAGGUUCCAAAUUCAAAGAGGGAAAACUGAUCCGACCAGUUACAAGAGCCUGGGGGACUGUUUUAGGACUAUUUUCCAGAGAGAAGGAUUGCUUGGAUUCUACAAAGGAAUCUUCCCUCCUAUCUUGGCUGAGACACCCAAAAGAGCAGUGAAGUUUUUCACGUUUGAACAAUAUAAAAAGUUACUAGGAUAUGCAUCAUUACCACCAGGGCUGGCAUUUGCAGUUGCUGGCUUGGGAUCUGGAUUAACAGAAGCAGUUGUGGUUAACCCUUUUGAAGUAGUGAAGGUUAGCUUACAGGCAAAUCGAAGUGCCUUCACAGAGCAACCAUCCAGCUUUGUUCAAGCUCGGCAGAUCAUUAAAACUGAUGGUCUAGGACUCCAGGGACUCAACAAGGGUCUCACUGCAACAUUGGGCCGCCAUGGAGUUUUUAAUAUGGUUUACUUUGGAUUCUACUUCAAUGUGAAAAAUAUUCUUCCAGUCAGUAAAGAUCCAAAUUUGGAGUUUUUGAGGAAAUUUGGAAUUGGGUUGGUCUCGGGAACAAUAGCCUCAAUUAUUAACAUUCCUUUUGAUGUUGCAAAAAGUAGGAUUCAAGGACCACAGCCAGUUCCUGGAGAGAUCAAGUACAGAACCUGUUUUAAAACUAUGGCAACAGUCUAUAAAGAAGAAGGAUUUCUGGCUCUGUACAAAGGCUUGGUUCCCAAGAUCAUGAGGCUUGGCCCAGGUGGUGCAGUGAUGCUUUUGGUUUAUGAAUACGUUUAUGCAUGGCUUCAGGAAACAUUUAAUCACAAAGAAUCCCUCUGAAAGGCACACUCCUUAAAAUUAUAUACAUUCAAAAAUACACUUUAAUAAAGGAAAAAUGAUUUUUAUCCUUUCUGAUGUUGAAUGCCCUCAGAUCACAUUGAUGUUGAUACAUUUUGGAAAAGAUUAUGUGUUAAGAUCCCGAUCCAAUAAAACAUUUAAGCACAUGAUUUCCUUGAAGUGUAUAAGUAAAUAAUAAAAUUGAUAUUUGUUAUUGUCUUGCUGGAUCAGUUAAAAAGUAUAAAAGGAACACAGGAACCAGUUAGUUUUUCAAAGACAAACUGGAAAUUCUGGAUACUAAAUUAUGCUGUGUAGUCAACACACUGGUUUUUUUUUUUAUUUUUUUAUUUUUUAAUGCCAAGUUGACUUCAUGAUGAUUUUGAAGAAAGCUUAAUAAUUUGAGAUCAGAUGCUGAGCUAGUGUCAGUUGAGUCCAAGCUGAGAACCUGACCCACACUUUCCAGGAUCUUGUGUCAAACCUGGGUCCAGCCUUACAAUUUCAACACCGAUAGAACAGCAUUUUACAUUGUUGGCAGUUAGCCACAUCCUUAAAAAGAAUCAUGCUAUUAAAUGUGCUGCUUAUUCGUAGUCAGUCAUACACAGAGUAUAAAUCUCAUUCAAAUCACAUAAGAUACCAAACAUAAUGAAUUUGAAAUGGACGACAUAAAAGUGCAGAAUGACUUUGGGAAUCACAUCACAAAUGAGCAAAUAUAUAAACAGAAAAAAAAUUAUUUUAAGUAAAUAGGGGCUUAAUGUGAAAUUUCUAUCCACCCUCACAUCUUAUUGCUUAAAUAACUGAAUCUGUCGAAAAAAUGCUCAGUGCCUCCUUAUUGCCCCUUUUGUCCCUUCCAUGAACCCCUUUGGGUGGAAAAACAAUGUUCUUGACAGAUAUCAUAUAUGCAAUCUUCAUUAGCUAGGCAUGCACCUGAGAGAAAUGUAGAUAAUAAAUGCUGCUACAAAGCUAAAUUUGAUGUCUUUCUCAGUCACUAGAAGUAUAAAUAAUAUUUCAGUGAUCUAGUCCUAUCCUCGUUAGCUGUUAUAAUCUGCUCUGUGAAAUACAACACAAGAUAUUUCU